AUGCAUCGAGCUUGGGCUUUUAAGGUUUAUGGUAAAACCUUAAAUUCAGCCUUGAAGCUAUGUAAAGAUGAGGAUGUUAAAGGAAGAUUAUUGAGAAUGAAUAAAAACUUUGACAGUGAAAUUCAAAAAGACUGGGAGUUGGAAGAAGUGGAAAUUUAUGAAGAUAAAGAUGAAGACGAUAAAGGUGAAGCUGAUAAAAAUGAGGACAUUAAAGAUGAUGUCAAUAAAGAUGAGAACGAUAAAGAUGAUGAAGACUUCAAAUUUAUCGAAAGACAUGAAUUGGACACUAUAGGUCAUACAAGACGCUGGAUUUUAUCAAGUGGGAUCGAUGUGGAACAGAUAUUGUCCUCUUAUAGAUGCCUAAUACCUGAAUCACAAAAUUGCGUGAAUCCUAUUUACUGGGAAAUACUCAAUCUCACUGGGACUCACCCAGAAAUAAAACAACUCUUCUCUGCGGAAGAUUGGAAUGAGAUGUUGAAAAGUUUCGAGAACAAAAUAGAAACUAUUGAAAAAGAUAUACCUGAUGUUGUAUAUUUGUUUUUCGAUGAAAUUGAGCAGAUAAUAAAAAAUAAUGGGAAGAGUGAGGAUAUUAUAAUGGAAAUUGACGGGAUUUCUUCGCAGUAA